GCACUCUCAGAUGCGCGCCCCCGACAGCAGUUCACUCUUGCACUUUAUAUCGUCCCGUCGAGUGAUCCCAAGCAUCCUGAAAGAUGACCAUCAACACCCUCGCAAAAGGAGGGUGGCACCGGGAGCAAAUGACAUGCUUUCGAAAGAUGGAGAAAGUGAUUGUGGCCAUGCAGGACCCUGACAUGGGCAUGAAGAUGAGAAACCAAAGGCUCCUGAUCACUGUCAUUCCCCAUGCAAUGACAGGCCGGGAUAUCAUUGACUGGUUGAUCCAGAAAUACACUAUAAAUGAAGAGGAGGCUCUGCACGUGGGUGACAUGCUGGUCAGAUAUGGGUACAUCUACCCACUAAAGGAACCACGGUCUCUAGUGUUACGACCUGACGAGACACCGUACCGCUUCCAGACACCUUAUUUCUGGACUAGCACCCGGUGGCCUGCCUCAGAGCUGGACUAUGCUAUCUACCUGGCUAAAAAGAACAUAAGAAAACAAGGAGAACUGAUGGAAUAUGAAAAGGAGAGGUACAGCUUAUUGCACAAGAGGAUCAACCACACCUGGGACUUUGUGGUGAUGCAAGCCAGAGAACAACUCAGAGCCUCCAAACAGCGGCGGAAGGCUGACCGCAUUGUUCUAGAAUGUCAGGAGCAGGCGUACUGGCUCAUCAACAGACCCCCGCCCGGGGCUCAUAAUGUGUUGGACAUGGGUCUUGAGAGGCCAAAUAAUUUCAGCGCUCGAGUUACUCUGAACAGCGACUACUACAAAAGAGAGAUCGAAACCAGUAAAAGAGCGCUGGGACGAAACCGUGUAAAAUCAUCCAUCUGCUUAGAAAGUUUUACGAAAUACAGCGAGCAGUACCAGAACCAUGAUCCCAUUAUGCAAGGCUGCCUCCCCCAGUAACCCUGGAUCUCUGAUGACACAGCCCACUGGACGAUGAACUCAGAAAUGGUUCCCGUCCCAACACGACUCCGAGUGGAACGCUGGAGCUUCAGCUUCAUGGAACUUCUCAACGACGUCAUGGGGAGAAAGGAGUUCAUGACCUACCUCGAGAAAGAGUUCAGCGCGGAGAACCUGUGUUUCUGGCAAGCCUGUGAAGACAUCACUGGAGAAAGUUCCAAGAUCAUUGAGAAAGUGGAGGAAGUUUACAAAAACUUUCUGGCUCGAGCAGCUCGCUGGGUCAACAUCGACAGCAAGACGAUGGAUAAAACUUUAGAGGGGAUUAAACACCCGCACCGUUUCGUCAUGGACGACGCACAGAUGCACAUCUAUUUCCUCAUGAAGAAGGUUUGACCUCUGACCUCUGAUUAACCCAUAAAGACCCACACAGCCGCUGGUGACCAAAUCAUCUACCGAAAUAAAUGUAAAAAAAUGUAUCUAAA